CUUCCAAUGUCUUGGACUCAUCUCCCUCUCUCUCUCUCUCUUCCACUUUGUCUUUCUUUUCUUCUUGCUUGACUCUUUAUUAACCUUCAAAGACAUCUUCUACAUUUGCCAUGGAUCCCGGUCAGUCACAUUUCGAGAAACUGAAAACAGUGCCACAUUUGAUCGACGAAGACCCUUCUAUCAUCACGCCGUCGUCGCAAAAACGGUAUAUGGACAUGCCAUGGAAAGACUUUGCCGCCAUGAUGCAAAAAAACAAGGAAGCCGCAGAAAAGUACGAAAAGUACCAGAAGCGAAAGGACGAUAACACAACAGACAGUGCCACCGACAAGUCAAUAUCUUCAUCACCAGCCGGUACACCAGCAGUAGAAGAAGGCGAGAACGAAGGCGCUUGGGACAGCGAGACGGGAUAUCAAGAUGAAGAUCAUGCGCCACUGCGCGGGCAACAAAAACAACCAUAAACUAUAACUUUUUUUCUUGUUGCAAAAGUAUGGUACACUGUGUAGUAUAGAUAUUAAUAUAUGAUUAUUUUUCUACGAAUAUGUCUCCAUAAAGUUCCCUGGAACAAGUCCUCGCGUAUGAGUCAAACGCUUGUCGCUAUGAACAAUCUGAGCAUCCCACCAUCCGUCUCUCUUCUUUUCAAUGACUGCCAAUAUGUCAUUCUUAGUAAAUGUAAUUUCGGACUCAAUCUAUGUAGUAGUAUAUAGUUUAGUCUUUCUCUCCCUCUCAUUGGUCACACAAAACAUCUGCAUUUUAUGUGUUCACCUUUGCGUCAUAGCUCCAUUGUGCUUUCACUAAAUAACAAACAACACGCUUGUCAGUCCACGUUACGAUAGACAAUGCGAUAAAAUGAAUACUAUUUUACCAUAUUCAAGCACCGGUGUCCCG